CUCCAUAGUUUCUGGGUCCCUAGAGUGUUUUCUAAUAACCCGCAUGUUCUGACAUCGACCAUGGCGCACGAAUAAAUAACAAAGAAUCUCGGGAGUUUCCAAAAAGCUGAAAGAGGUUGUCUUGUCUCCGAUUACGAUUACGAUUAGGAUUAGAUUCGUUUCCAGUUCCACCCACGUGAAGAGCUGACAUGGGCAAGGUCGCCGUGGGUGCUGUGGUCGUUUGCGCCGCGGCGGCGUGCGCUGCGGCGGCUCUGCUGGUGCGCCACCGCGUGCGGAGCUCCGGAAAGUGGGGUCGCGCGCUGGCCAUGGUGAGGGAGUUCGAGGAGCAGUGUGGGACCCCAAUUGCGAAGCUGAGACAAGUUGCUGAUGCCAUGGCCGUCGAGAUGCAUGCGGGUCUUGCUUCUGAAGGUGGCAGCAAGCUCAAGAUGUUGAUCACUUUUGUUGAUAAUCUCCCAUCUGGGGAUGAGAAAGGACUGUUUUAUGCGUUGGACCUUGGUGGCACAAACUUCCGAACCCUUCGCGUGCAUUUAGGUGGGAAGGAGAAAGGUGUUGUCAACCUAGAGUCCGAAGAAGUUUCCAUUCCUCCUCAUUUGAUGACUGGUUCCUCACAUGAAUUAUUUGAUUUUAUAGCAGAUAAACUUGCAAAGUUUGUUAGUUCUGAGCCUGAAGAGCUUCACCCUCCUCCUGGCAGACAAAGAGAACUAGGUUUUACCUUCUCUUUUCCUGUGAGGCAAACAUCAAUUGCAUCUGGGACUCUAAUAAAGUGGACUAAGGGUUUCAAUGUUGAGGAUGUGGUUGGAGAAGAUGUGGUGGGUGAACUAACCAAGUCCUUUGAAAAAAUUGGCCUGGAUAUGCGUGUUGCAGCUUUGGUUAAUGACACUGUUGGUACCAUAGCUAGAGCAAGAUUCAGCAAUCAGGAUGUCAUUGCUGGAGUGAUUCUUGGUACUGGGACAAAUGCAGCUUAUGUAGAGCGUGCACAUGCAAUUCCAAAAUGGCAUGAUCUUCUACCAAAAUCAGGAGAGAUGGUUAUAAACAUGGAGUGGGGUAAUUUCCGUUCCUCUUAUCUCCCUCUAACAGAAUAUGAUCAAGCUCUUGAUUCAGAGAGCUUAAACCCUGGAGAACAGAUUUUUGAGAAGAUAAUUUCUGGUAUGUAUUUGGGUGACAUUGUAAGGAGAGUUUUGUUGAAGAUGGCUGAAGAAGCUGACUUCUUUGGAGAUACUGUUCCUCCAAAAUUGAGAAUUCCUUUCAUACUUAGGACACCUGACAUGUCUGCAAUGCAUCAUGAUACAUCUUCAGAUCUUAAGGUGGUUGGAACCAAAUUGAAGGAUAUAUUAGAGAUCAAUAACACAUCCCUGAAAAUGAGGAAGAUUGUUGUGGAACUCUGUGAUAUCGUUGCUACUCGAGGAGCCCGCCUUUCUGCUGCUGGUAUUUUUGGCAUCCUCAAGAAGAUAGGAAGAGACACAGUAAAGGCAGGGGAGAAGCAGAAAUCAGUAAUAGCACUGGAUGGAGGGUUGUUUGAACACUACACUAAAUUCAGAAGUUCCUUGGAGAGUACACUAAAGGAGUUGUUGGGAGAGGAGGCAGCUGAAACAAUUGGCAUUGAGCAUUCUAAUGAUGGCUCUGGAAUUGGGGCAGCCCUCCUGGCUGCUUCUCACUCCCAGUAUUUGGGUGUGCAAGAGUCCUGAAGAUGUGAUUAAUGCCAAGGUAAACAAGUGUAACAAUAGUUUCAAAUUUUUGUACACCUAAUAGAUAAACAGAUCGAAGAAGAAAAGCUUUAGUUACUAGUUCUAGAGAGCUUUCAACCAGAAGGUGGACCAAGUCCACUGUGGGGGAAUUUGUAGGGCUGUGUUCUUGCUGCAAAUGCAACCUUGCUGCUUCUUGGCAAAUCACUGGGGCAUUAUUUUGUUCACAGUUCUUGUCUCUCCCAUGUUAGGGAAUAAUAGGGAGAUGUAAACUUGAGUAGUCAUGUUUUCCCAAUGUAACGUGUUUUCAAAGAGAAUAAAUCAGGUUAAUUUAUUGACAAUGGUGAGAUUUCAAUUCAAAGCUUGAGUUAUCAAU